AUGCGAGCUCCCACCUCCGCACCCGCAUUCGCACUGGCGACGCCAGCAGCACUGAUGUCAGAAACCAUGGAUUCGGACGACGAGUUGGAUGAGUCUUCCCAUUAUUUGGUUCACGUCCCUCUCGAACCCCAGCAGGGCCGGACUGUGCUUCCAGCCCCUUUUGCAAAGGCUGUCAGUCUUGCCACCCGCUCGACAUGUCUCGCAAUCCGCGUCGGCACUCUCAUCAGCUCCUAUGGUUUUGAUGCCGCCAAGUUCACCACCCUUUCUAGCUUGGAGCUGGGCCGCGGUAUACUUGAGGGCGUCCUUAGCAGGGCUGGAAAGGACAUGCUCACCCGAUCCAACAGCGAGCUGUCUAGAGCAGACGCCGAGACUGUUCUAGAGAGAAGUUUAGAACAUCUUCACCACGCCAUGUCCCAGAUUGUUUUCUGGACCACGACCGGGUUCCAGAUGACAGGUACUACCUUCUCAGUUGUGUCUGAGGUUUCACAGCUCCUAUUGUCAUCGCUUGACCAAUUUUUCGGUUCUACCGACUCGUCGCGCGCAAUUGCGAGUAUCAUCACUUUAAUUCGUCGUGAGUUUCAGAACCCGGCAACUGGGGUUGAGGGCGAAAGAGUUGGUGUUGUUGAUCUUGUGAUGGGCUUAUGCGCCUUGGCAUACCUGCAGCGAAAAUGCCGUCGCUUUCUUGAGGAGGAAAACAGGCGUCUGGGUUUCGAGGAAAUUGUUUGGGAUGUCGUCGUACUUAACGACGGUGAACGGGUGGAUGUUCACGAAAACAGCCUAUACGGAGUACACAAAGGUCGCUACAAGAGCAAAGGCCCAGGUAUACUGGUGUCCAUGCCUGGUGAUCAGACGAGCCCAAAUGUGCUGGCCGCUCUCGAGCACCAUGGAGACCAGAAUACGAGCGAAGACGAGGAAGAUGAAAACCUACCGGAAAUUCGACUCAAGCACCAAAUUAUGCAAUCACUACCGUCCGACACGAGUGUAUCAAUCUCCACGACCACGCUGACCAGGAAGAUGAUCACCGUCGACUUUACCGGCCCCGAGCCACCCGUUGUAACACCUCCCCCAGGCGUCGAAGUCGUCGAACGCGAGGUCCUGCCAUCAACUGAGCAACAGGCGGAGCAGCUGACAUGCCAGACAUCGACUCCUAAUGAUGUCCCGACAUACCGUGUUGUUUAUAGAGUGGACAAGAGCAAGCAACGGAGCACAACGUACCGAGGGUUUGAGGAGCCAAUGCAGGGAUUUGGAGAAACGGAGGUCGUGGACUAUGCCGAAGAGUCGGACGAUUGUGACCGGGAGUAUGAGUUUGAGGACCCUCCGCCUGCACCUCCCAAACCUGUGCUGUCACGAAGUCCUCCCACCAUAUCGACGCCAGGGACGACGCCCACCUCAACUCCUCGCCGCACCAAAACCGGCUCUGGUCUCCCUUCGACUACGUCUAGUAGUCGUGCUUCUCAAAUUCCAGCGCCGAAACAAAACCCCGAGAACGCUCCUAAUCAGAAGCGACAGCGUGCCCCUCUAGCGCCCCUGCCAGUAAAGCCUCGGCAGGAAGCUGCUGCCACGUCUUACUCCGAGAACAAAUCGUCCUCAAAGAGAGUGAAAAAUGAGCCUGUGUCUGCUGGCAAAUCAGCUGAUAAGCCUGCAGAGAAGAAGGGUGGUAUUAGGCAAGCGCUGAAGAGGGGCACCAACUCUAACAUUUCCAACUUGUUUAGCCGGGAUGCAACAGGCUCUGGAAACCAACAUAUCACUGGAAAGGUGAAAUCAACAGUGAAAUCCGGUCCAUCUGCAAGGGCAACGCGUGCGGUAGCCCAGCCUAGCCGCACGUCCCAGAGCAGGGCUAUGGGACCGACUGUUGCAUCCAACUCUCGAGGCCGUAAUUAUGACGUCCCUUCUCCUGUCCCUCGCAGCUCCUCACGGGCUAGUUACAUAUCUGUCCACGAGCGUCGGCGAGAUUCAAUGGUAUCACAGACGGAUACAUAUUCUUUUCACGCAAUUGAAGGAUACAGGCCACAUUCCCCAGGUUACGGCCGUCGAGAUGGCCAGGGUCAAAGUGGUAUACCUAAGUCAAGAUCGGAGAAAGACAUGAGCGAACAGAAACCGUCAUCGCCCAUGAAGGCUCGCAAGGCACGUUCGCAUGUGAACACACCGAGCCUCUAUAGCAUUGCUACGACGGGCUCCCAAACUUCUUUGGUUCUUUCCUCCUAUUACCAGAAGAGUGCUUACACCGAUUCGGAAGCUAUUGACACUUUGAGAAGGGCCGGAACUGUUGACGGUGUCUUUCCAGCAUUUCAUCUACUUCGGAAUGUAACGCGGUAUAUGCGUUUCUCUUCGGCAUCAUACGGGUCGAAUUUUCUCAAGUUCAUGGGCAUUUCUAAAGAGAUGCCUAUCUUACGCGCUCUGGAUGACACCCACCAUGAAAUUCGAUCAUUCGCUCAUCACACGGAGUCCGAGGCUACAAGCAUUCUUCUUGCUUCUUUUGUCGAUCAUCAGGGUGGUUCUGACACCACUGGCUCUACUGGAACUGGAGUUCCUUUAGUUCACUACAUUUCUCUGGAUCAUGAAUCUAAAGCAGUUGUUCUCGCGUGUCGUGGAACACUUGGCUUUGAGGACGUCCUAGCUGACAUGGCCUGCGACUAUGACAAUCUAUACUGGAGGGGUAAAUCAUACAAGGUCCAUAAGGGCAUUCAUGCGUCUGCACGGCGCUUGCUAUACGGAGGCGAUGGCCGCGUCUUGUAUACGCUUAAGGAGGCUUUGGACGAGUUCAGUGACUACGGGCUGGUACUGUGUGGUCAUUCACUGGGAGGUGGAGUUACCGCAUUACUGGGCACAAUGCUUGCAGAGCCCUCUUCCACAGGAACAGGUUUUGUUACUUCGUCUGAACCACAUCGUCGUCUCCUAGGUGACGGCCGCUUCCUAGAGACCGAUACAACGCAUGUUUGCUUGCCUUCGGGCCGACCCAUACAUGUAUAUGCCUACGGGCCACCAGGGACCAUGUCACCAUCUCUACGGAAGGCGACGCGAGGUCUCGUCACUAGCGUUGUUCACGGUAGCGACUUGGUCCCGUUUCUGUCUUUGGGCGUUCUGCAUGACUUUCAAGCUGUCGCUCUCGCUUUUAAAAGCGACAAUCAUGAAGAUAGAGGCGAGGUGAGACAAAGAAUAUGGCAAGCUUUCCAAUCUGGCCUGGUAGAUAAGUGGUACACGAAUGGUAGCCGCUCGGGCUCCUCUGAUGAGGAUAAGUGGAGUAUAUCGGCGCUGACGAGUUUGCGCUCCAACAUGAUGAGCCUAAAACUCCUUCCGCCGGGCGAGGUCUUCAUCGUUGAGUGCACCAGAGUUCUCAGACGCGAUGCAUUUCUUCUAUCUGACGAGGAAGGCAUUGGCCGGCCGGCCCAACGUAUCGUCCUUAAAUAUGUAAGGGACGUUGAGUCUAGGUUCAGAGAGGUCCGAUUCGGCACAAGCAUGCUUAUUGACCAUAGUCCCGCAAAGUACGAGGAGGCUUUGAACAAACUGCGCUUUGGAGUCGUUGAAACAUGUUGA